GUUGCCAAGGGGAGAAAGACACAGCCCAUCGCGGAGCAGGAGUGUCCCAGACUGCGUUUUUGUCAUAACAAAAGCGAAUGCGAUCCAGCUGCGCAGGCAUCGGAGUGAGGAGACUAACAAGAAGAGGGGGCGCAGGGAUGGAGCAAACGUCUACCCGUGACUCGCCACUCGUCGGGACCGUCUAGAGGAGAGGAAUGGAGGCCAACCCCCGGACAGCUAGCUCUGUGUGAACCUUGUCCACGGGACCGAAAAUUGAUGGUGGAGGAGCCAGGGCGUCUGCGCUGGGGAACAGUGUCUGAGCACCGCGCUGCGCUCGGCCUCCUGGGAGGAUGAACCGCUACACCACGCUGAAGCAGCUGGGGGACGGCACCUACGGCAGCGUGCUCAUGGGGAAGAGCAACGAGUCCGGCGAGCUGGUGGCCAUCAAGAGAAUGAAGAGGAAGUUCUAUUCUUGGGAGGAAUGUAUGAACCUAAGAGAAGUGAAAUCCCUAAAGAAGCUGAGUCAUGCCAAUGUAGUGAAAUUAAAGGAAGUCAUCAGGGAGAAUGAUCAUCUGUACUUUGUCUUUGAGUACAUGAAAGAGAAUCUGUAUCAGCUCAUGAAAGACAGAAACAAGUUGUUCCCCGAGUCAGUCAUCAGAAACAUAAUGUAUCAGAUAUUACAGGGGCUGGCAUUUAUUCAUAAACAUGGGUUCUUCCACCGUGACAUGAAGCCGGAGAACCUGCUGUGCAUGGGCCCGGAGCUGGUGAAGAUCGCUGACUUCGGAUUAGCGAGGGAAAUCCGCUCCCGGCCGCCAUACACGGACUACGUGUCGACAAGAUGGUAUCGCGCCCCGGAGGUCCUGCUCCGCUCCUCGGUCUACAGCUCUCCCAUUGACAUGUGGGCGGUGGGGUGCAUCAUGGCGGAGCUCUACACGCUCCGCCCCCUGUUCCCUGGCAACAGCGAGGUGGACGAGAUCUUCAAGAUCUGCCAGGUCCUGGGGACAGUCAAAAAGAGUGACUGGCCAGAGGGCUACCAGCUGGCAGCGGCCAUGAACUUCCGCUUCCCCCAGUGCGUCCCCACCAACCUGAAGACCCUCAUCCCCAACGCCAGCAACGAGGCCAUAGCGCUGAUGAGGGACCUGCUGCAGUGGGACCCCAAAAAGAGGCCCACCGCCGCUCAGGCACUGAGAUACCCCUACUUUCAAGUGGGCCAGGUCCUGGGCCCGCCCCCCCAGUACGUGGAACAGCAGAAAGCCCAGGUGCGGACGGCCCAGGCCCCCGAACCCAAGCCCCUAUCCCUAUGCAAGUCAGACGAGCAGUCUCCAGCUCAGAGGACGCGGGUCCCGGUGCUGGGCCCGGGUGUGAGCAGGACCCAUCACCAGCCCCUGCAGCAGAUCCCCCUGCCCCAGAACAGCCUGCAGUCGGACAGUUACAAACAGGAGGGGCUGGUGUCUCCCAGCCUCAGCAACAACAACAACCCCCCACUGAAGCUGAGCCCGGCAGGCAAUGAGAACCUGGUGGGGGUGAAGGGUGGCCGCCGACGCUGGGGCCAGACCGCCGUGAAAGCCACCGACAGCUGGGACGAGCUGGACGACUCUGACAUGGGCGUGUCCUUCUCCAAAAAGCCAAGCAUCGGAUCCAUCAAGGAGAAAAUCCACGAGGACGCAGUGUUUCGGCACACAGAACCGAAGCCUCUAAACACCUUCAGUGCUGUAAUUAAAUUGCCAAACAAUACGACCCUCAACAGGAACGACUCUGAGACUUCCAACACUUCAUCAGCAAGACAGCAUUACCUGCGGCAGUCGAGAUACCUACCAGGAGUGAAUCCCAAGAACACAUCCUUAGUCACGAAUAAGGACGCAAGCAGAGAUCUGUGGGGCAACCCUACCUCUUUAAUAACUAAACCACUGGGUCCCAUUGGAGCUGAGCUGUCUGUCGGCAGGGUGAACGCAGAAGACCCUAAACCAUCAGAUAAGCACCCUCUAAAAGAAAAGACACUCGACAAAGUAGAACUGCCCAAAGGUACCUGUAAUUUCACUCUAAGAAACUUUGGGAGUGCAAACUACAACCCAGGUGGGGGUUAUGUGUCGUCUUUUCACAAGAAGGAAGUGGGAUCUGCUGGACAGAGGAUCCAGCUUGCACCCAUUGGAAGCACGUCUGCAAUUGAUCUUUCUUCCUCUGCUGAUGUUAAAAAUGACAAAUUGAAACCACCCAAGCUAAAGUCUGCUUCCAACAAAGCCCUGAUUGAAACAACAGAAGAGUACGAAGGAUGGAAGGGCAGGGCGUCAAAAGCUCAAAUCCCCGGAUCGAGUUUCACGGUGCCUGCAAAGAGCCUUCUGUCCAGAGCCCCUCCCUUGCAGCCAGUGCAUGGGAGAGUAGACUGGGCAGCCAAAUAUGGAGGCCAUCGAUAGCUCUGCCCACUGUGGUUAGUAACGGCCCCGCCCACUGGUGCGUUCACACGCCGUGGACUGUGAGAGGAAGACCUGCCCACUGUAAGAAGCACCGCCUUGAACUGGGCACCUCCAUAAGGUGGCAGCCAUUGUUAUUCCUCAGCAUGCAUACUUCUACUGAUGACCAAGUGACUUGUGGUUCCUUUCGGUUCGGAUGACGUAAAAUUCAUCUCAGAAAAAGGAUCCCCUUUGUUCAUUUUGGGAAUAUAUGUGUAAUUUUUUUACAUGUAAAAUAGUUUAGUCUUGAUACAACAGAUUUCAGCGUAAUAGGCAAUAUGCAUUGUUAAAAAAGCGGGUAGUGAUGGGAAUAAGCAGUAUAUUUUCUCAUGUGGCCAUUUUCUUCACUACUGUUUCAUGAUGAAGGGAGUCAUUUUGGAGCUGAUUUUUGUUGGUUUCCCAUUUAAACACAUAUAAAAACUUAUAUAAAAACUUAGAAAAAAUAAUCUAAACUUUUUUCCAGACAAGUGUAUAAACAGGCAUGAGACUUCUUAAAUUAAAGAUUUUGGUAUAAAUGACUUUUUGGAUAGAAGCGCACUGAUUCUGAAAAGGACAGCCGGUAUUUGAAGAGGCCGGGUUCACAUUAUGUCUGACAUUAUCUUUGACGUUAAAUAAUGACGCAGUGUUUUUUGAUACAUGGUCCCAAUUUAGUGGCCUCAUUCUAAGCACUUAGGUGGCUCUCAUUUUCCUGUUAACUUGCUUGCUUAAAAAAAUGAGGAAGAGUAAUCAAACCCUUUGGACAAUGUAUGUCAGACCUGUCUGAUAUCUAUUGAUUUCAGCUUAUUAUGCAUUUACUUUUAAUUACUUAAUUGUAUUGUACCCUUUACUGUAAAACUGUCUUGCCAGAAGUGAGAUGAAAAAUGCCAUGUUGUACAUGUACUUAUUUGUUUUUGGGUAGACGCAUUCAAAGAGGAACCAUCCUCUUGUGUAUUCAUAUUUUUAUAUUUAUCUCUUUAAUUGUAAAAUUACUACAGUCAAAGUUUCCUGGAGCACUGUGUUUUCAUGUAUCACUAUCAGUCUUGAUAACAAAUGGUCUGAACACAUUAUUAUACUGUUUUUCUAUGCAGGUAAGAUAUGUUUCAGACUAAUGCCCAGGGCGUCAAGACUGCAUCCAUCUAAACUACUUGCUGGCUUAUUAUAACCAGCAGGAU